AUGCAAUUUAAACGGAUCUUUGUAUUUGUGAUCACUCUAAUUAGUAUAGUACACUAUGGUGUACGUGCAGAUAUGAUACUAACUGAAAUAGAAUCUGCACUAAAAUAUGAAAUUACAACAGACAAAAUCCCCAUAAGAAUAAAUCCAGAUGGGCCUCUUAACUUCUUAAGAGGAUAUAUCUACCAGAAGAUAGAGUGCAUGUACAAUAAAAGGUUCUUUGCACCAGAUAUUGAUACAUCAUAUAUGAUAAAUGAAGAAGAAUUAGAGGCCUUUGACCAAUAUGAUACUUGCGAAUUCACCAGGAAUGAACAAGGUGAUAAAGCAUACAAAGAACUACCAGAGAAUAAGAUGGAUGACUACACUGAAAAGUACCAUAACCAUCUGAUUGAGCUAUUCCCAUCACCUACAGGUGACAUAACAAUAGAGACACGAGGGAAUCAGUCCUUCGUUCAAUUUCUCAGAGCAGAGACAACAAAGGAGCGUGCACUGCAGAUUCUUGCUAUGCUGCUACUUUUCUCAGAGGGAGUGAAUAUUCCCAUUGACGUCAGUAAUAAGGAACUGAAGGUGUAUGAAACAAACAAAAAAGACAAAAUAUACUUCACAGUGUCCAUGGUAAUCCCAUGGUUCAAUAGAGAAGAAAAUGAAACAAAAAGAUUUGAACAGAAGAAGGUUAAGCAAAUGAUCAAAUUCUUCCAGAAGAGUGCAAAUAAUCAAAAAGUACUUAGUAUGAUGGAGGACAAGUGUUCACUGAGUGAAAUUAAAAAAGGGAAGUUCAUGGACAGUCUUAAGUUUCUGAUUCAGUCAUACAUAUUUGGGUUCAUAGACAGUGCAGACCGUGCAACUGAGCUUAUUCAAGCAGUGUACGCUAUGACACAGAAAUAUGCUCCAAAGACAGAAGCACCCAGUAAAAAUGGCUGUGUAUACGACAGACUGUUUAAGCCUUCUGGUACUGCAGUAGGUAUAGAGUGUAUGGCUUUAAUGAAAGAAUCUCAAGAUAUUUUAAAUACAUAUAGAGUAUUCCCAUUCCUAAACAGCACAGAAGUACCUGCAUAUAAAUCUGUUCCUAAGUACAACCGGGAAGCUAAGGUGUUUUCUACUAACCGACUGGAAGAUUACAGCAACUGUGUGGAAAGUAUGAUUCUUUCUCUUUUUUGCUGCCUAACGUAUGAUCCAUCUGAUAUUACAUACAGAACUGACCACAUGGGGCAUGUCUCUGAAGAACUUGAAGAAUUCUUCUCUUUGGACAACCAGCCAUUUGACACAACAAAGGGUAACUUUCAGAAGGAGUGGUGCAGAGUUGUUGCUGACCUAAAGGAUCCUAAUAUUGCAUACUGCAAUGGUAGAAAUGAGAUAGACACUGGCCUUAUAAAUAUGCUCUUGGUUAUUGCUGAAGUAAUAAAUGCUCCAGAACAAGAAAAAGCAGAGAUACUUGGCUUCUCAAGAGAUUUGAAGGAGAAAAAUGGUGAGUUAGAUGGAGACUUACUUGAUAGGAUUGAAGCAUACACUGAAGUACUACUUACAUAUUUAACAAGAUCAGAAAAUGUACGAAUAGAAUUCUCUGAGCUUAAAGGAGAAAAGUAUCAGGAUGGAAGAUGUGAUAUAUCUGGAGAGAUUACUAUGACAUUUGAGCAUAAUGGGAUCAAAAAUACUAUAGUAUUAGGAAUAUCUGAAGGACACGGUAGUAUUGAGAUGCUGCCUACAGUUAUAGGAUUCAAGGAUGAACGAAUGGAGAAACUGAAUGAAAUAUCAGACAGUUGUAGAAAUGUGACAGGAUUUGUUGAAAAUCUGUUUGUUUUAUACGUUAAUUAUGAAAUGCGAAAGAUUGGCAGUCCUGAAGAUAGCAAAAAAUUCAUGAAGGAACAAGUGCGAGAAACCAUUCAGAAUAACUUCACAGACAUAAAUAGACUACUUCUUGUGAGAAAAAUCACCAAUCUGGAAUAUAAAAGGGAUUUAGUCACUUGCUGCAUCGUAUACACUAUGGACCAAACUCUAUCCCCAGAGCAUCCUAUUAUUCGUUUUACGUCUAACAUAAUAGGAAGCACAGAACUAGAUAAUCCGGAUAUUCAGUGUACUGUACUUUCAGCAAUUAUGCUUGCUGGCCUGCAUAUUAGAACAGAUGAAAAAGGGGCUAGCUUCUAUCCUAGACUAAAUCUUGUUGAAGACACGUAUAAAUAUAUAGGUUCUUACCCGGAUUCAGAGUACUGUAUUGAGUAUCUGGGAGAUUGUAGUCUAGAUAUUUUUCUCUUAUGGUUCAGGUACUUUUUGGUUAGAUUCUAUCCAGAAGCCUCUGACUAUCACCCAUUCACAGAGCCUACUGUGAAUAGAAGUAUUUGUCAGCUUAUAUUCAAAGAUGGGACUAUGGCGUAUUCUGAUGCAAUUGAUGCACUUAUCAUGCGAACGUACCCUGAAGAUGCAGAGACAAUCAUUCAGCACCUUCACUUUAUAUGGAUUGCUUAUAUUUCUGCUGAAGAAAACCUGAAUAUUGAGCUAUUUAAGGAAAACUUCCGAAUAAUCCGUAGAUAUAAAUAUAUUACAACCCCAAAGACUUUAUGCCUUAGGAUAGGUGAUACAUAUAACCAGAUUAUGGGAAGUAUUAAGUAUAUGCAGAACUGCAUAUGCAACAAUGAUGAGGAUAUGCUUGUUUUCAAUACUCUCGUAUCCUUUAUUAACGAGAUGAUGUAUUAUUCAGAUAUAUACUAA